GGGCGCGCUGCCCUCCUCGCUGGAUGCUGCGGCGGCCGCCCGGGAGCAGCCGCGCUCCGCUCCCGGUCCCCCACCGCCGGUGCCGACCAGGGGCCGAGCUCGCCGGGAGCAGCAGCGCUCGGUCUCCGCUGCCAGAACCAGCGCGGCGCGGAGAUGGUGCCGCUGGUGCGGAGCGCCGGGGGCUCCCACCAGUGGCUGGCGAUCGCUUUCCUCGGCCUUUGCUCGUUCCUUCCUCCCGGGAGACUCGCUGCGCCGGGCGGAGACUUCCCCGGGGCUACCGUGGACAAUCUGGUGGUCAGGAAAGGGGACACGGCGGUGCUUAGGUGUUACUUGGAAGAUGGAGCCUCUAAAGGUGCCUGGCUGAACCGGUCAAGCAUUAUCUUUGCUGGCAGUGACAAGUGGUCGGUGGAUCCCCGGGUUUCCAUCGCCACAGCCAACAGGAGGGAGUACAGCCUGCAGAUCCAGGACGUGGAUGUGACCGACGAUGGGCCCUACACUUGCUCUGUGCAGACCCAGCACACCCCCAGGACCAUGCAGGUGCACCUAACUGUGCAAGUGUCUCCCAAGAUAUUCCGCAUCUCCAGUGACAUCAUUGUGAACGAAGGCAACAACGUGACCCUGGUGUGUCUGGCCACAGGGAAGCCGGAGCCUUCCAUCUCCUGGAGGCACAUCUCCCCGUCUGCAAAGCCCUUCGAGAGCGGGCAGUACUUGGACAUCUAUGGAAUUACAAGAGACCAGGCGGGGGAAUACGAAUGCAGCGCAGAAAAUGAUGUCUCAGUCCCAGACGUGAAAAAAGUAAAAGUCACAGUAAACUUUGCCCCCACAAUUCAGGAACUUAAAUCCAGCGGUGUGGUGCUUGGAGGGAACGGCCUGAUACGGUGCGAAGGUGCAGGAGUUCCUGCCCCGAACUUUGAGUGGUACAAAGGAGAGAGGAAACUGAUCAAUGGUCAACAAGGAAUCACUAUUAAAAAUUAUAGUACAAGAUCACUUCUUACUGUUACCAAUGUGACAGAAGAGCACUUUGGCAACUAUACAUGUGUCGCUGCCAACAAGCUAGGGACGACCAAUGCCAGCCUGCCUCUCAACCCUCCCAGUACAGCCCAGUAUGGGAUCACCGGUGAUGCCGAAGUCCUCUUCUCCUGCUGGUACCUUGUGUUGACACUGUCCUCCCUCAGUAGCAUAUUCUACCUGAAGAACAUCAUUCUGCACUAAAUGUAAAGACCAUAAAAGGCUUUUAAGGAUUCCCUGAGAGUGCUGAUGACUGGCUCCAAUCUGGUAGAGUUUGUUAAAAGCAGCGUGGGAUAUAAUCAGCCGUGCUUACAUGGGAAUGAUCGCCUUCUGUAGAAUUGCUCAUUAUGUAAAUACUUUAAUUCCCCUCCUUUUUUUUUGAUUAGCUGCAUUACCUUGUGAAGCAGUACACAUUGUCCUUUUUUAAGACGUGAGAACUCUGAAAUUACUUUUAGAGGAUAUUAAUUGUGAUUUCAUGUUUGUAAUCGACAAGUUUUCAAAAGCAUUCAGUCAUGGUCUGCUGAGUUGCAGACUGUAGUUUACAAAAGAAAAAAGGAUAUUGCAGUAAAAAUGUGCUUCUUUAAGGCUGCAAUACAAACAUUCAGUUCCCUUCUCAACCACCAUUCUCUCCACAUUUACACAGAAGCAUUUGUUCUUUUUUGAGUAAAAAAAAAAAUCAAAUAA